AUGGUCUACCAACAAGAAAGUGAGAAAAGACUAAGUGAGCUCAUUGAUGACAGUAAAAAUCUUACCAAUGAAAUUCUACCGGGGUUUAUAGAAAAGUUAAUCAACAUACUAUCAACAUCUGCUGACAACCAAGGAGGCAAGCGCAAGGCAAAGAAAGCAAAGGUCAGUAAAGAGGACAUGGCCUCCAAAAUUAGCAGAGGCCACAAAGCAAAUAUUUGUAAUGCUUGGGCUGACUACUUCGAGGAGCUAUCUACCCCAAUAUCCCAUAGUGACUUCGACAGUGAUCACGAGGACUUAGUAACAAAUGACAUUGAAACCUUAACAACGAUGUUUGAGAAUCACAACAUCAAAAUCUUACCAACCAUAACCAUAGAAGAAGUUUCAAACACUAUAAUGUCAUUCAAAAACGGAAAAUCACCAGACCAGGAAGGUAUAUCGGCUGAACACUUAAAGUAUGGAGGCCCAACACUUACCUCCAUUUUGACAAUCAUCAUAAACUAUAUAUUCAAGAACUUAUAUAUACCGGAUCUCCUGAAAGCUGGCAUAGCUACACCUGUACUCAAAAAAGGAAAGCAAAACACAGAUCCAAACUCGUAUCGUAAAAUAACAGUCACAAACAUUAUCGGGAAAGUAAUUGAGAAGAUACACCUCCAACAUAACAACUCUUUAAUACUGAAACAGCAAUCCAAACUGCAGAAAGGAUUCACGAAAAAUGAAAUGCCAACUGCUGCAGCACUCAUACUUACUGAACUUAUCACUGAAGCAAAUAAAACCCGAUCUCCACUGUACGUUGCACUAAUGGACGCCAAGAAAGCAUUCGACAUCUUAUGGCAUGCUGGGCUAUUACGUGAAAUGUAUAAUUUCGGCCUAACUGGUGACAACUGGACAUUCUUUAAGAACUGGUAUGAAGACGUAACCUCGAGAAUAAAUGGAAAGGGAGAACAUCAAGACCUGUGUUAG